CCCACCGCUCCAUACAUCGAUCUCCUUUUCUUACAGCCAUUCAGCUCGAUUUCGCCUCGUUGUCCGAAGAUGACUGUGACUACUGCGGGGCCAUCCACGAGCCUAACCUCCUCCAACCGCGGAGAGUAGAUUCGGAGAGAGAGAGAGAGAGAGAGAGAGAGAGAGAGAGAGAGAGAGAGAGAGAGAGAGAGAGAGAGAGAGAGAGAGAGUAACCCACCUCGCUCUCUUCUCUUCCCAUCAUCUGCCUCAGUCCUCUGGGCAGCAAACCGACAGCUGAAGACACAAAGAUUUACAUGAUAUCUGCCUCCAGUAUCUCUCACCCGCCAACACUUUCCUGCUUUCAGGGUCUCAAGGCAGGUCUAGACGGGAUAUUUUGGAAGUAAUUUCAUACUAGGAUUGUUUUUCGCUGUAUUCGGUGAAGAUGGAUAAUAUCAAUGUGGAGUCGGUGGAGAAAGAGUGCGGAGCUCUUGGCGGAUUAUUCCAGGCGAUUGUCAAUGAUAUGAAGUGUUCAUAUCCUGUCUGGGAAGACUUCAGUGCCAAGGCCACCAAGCUGCACUCUCAACUCCGAACCACCGUGUUAGCAGCAGUGGCCUUUCUGGAUGCUUUUCAAAAGGUGGCGGACAUGGCAACCAACACAAGAGGUGCCACCCGAGACAUUGGAUCGGCGCUGACUCGAAUGUGUAUGAGGCAUCGCAGCAUUGAGGCUAAACUACGGUAUUUUACUAAUGCUUUGAUGGAGAGCCUGAUCACUCCUCUACAGGACCGCAUUGAAGACUGGAAAAAGACAGCCAAUCAACUGGACAAGGAUCAUGCCAAAGAAUACAAACGGUCUCGUCAUGAAAUUAAGAAGAAAUCUUCAGACACAAUGAAAUUGCAGAAGAAAGCCAGGAAAGGACGGGGAGACCUUCAGCCUCAGCUGGACAGUGCGAUGCAGGAUGUGAAUGACAUGUACCUGCUGAUGGAGGAGACAGAGAAGCAGGCGGUGCGGCGCGCCCUAGUGGAGGAGAGAGGACGCUUCUGUACCUUCAUCAGCUUCCUGCAGCCUGUAGUGAAUGGAGAGAUUGCCAUGUUGGGAGAGAUCACUCAUCUCCAGGCCAUUAUUGAUGACCUCACUGUGCUGACCUCUGAUCCCCACAAGCUGCCCCCAGCCAGCGAGCAGGUAAUACAAGAUCUUAAGGGGUCAGAUUACUCUUGGUCCUACCAGACUCCCCCCUCCUCUCCCAGCAGCUCUGGUUCCAGGAAAAGCAGCAUGUGCAGCAGUGUAAACAGUGCCCAUAGUAGUGCCUCUCGAUCCUCUGGUGGCUCUCAGACUCACUCACCUAGUUCGUCCUGUCGCUACCGCAGCCUGGCCCAGCCACUAACGACUGCCGCACACCGUCUCAGCAGCGUCUCCUCCCACGACUCUGGCUUCAUUUCCCAGGAUGCUAAUGUUUACUCCAAACCCCCGUCACCCAUGCCCUCUGAUAUUACCAGCCAGAAGUCAUCAAGUUCUGCAUCCUCCGAAGCAUCUGAGACGUGUCAGUCAGUUAGUGAGUGUAGCUCUCCUACAGAUUGGUCCAAAGUAGGUUCCAAUGAACAACCAUUGGCCAGCACACUUCAGAGGAGGAAAGAGCCUUUGGAUAGGCUGAGGGAGGCAGAAAGCUCUCCUCAGUCCCAGGGCUAUUCUGGGAUGCAUUUGGAAGACCCCCAGAGGCCGAGGAUGACCCCGGCGACCAUAGCAGCCAAGCAUGGUGAGGAGGUCUCCCCAGCUGCUAGUGACCUGGCCAUGGUGCUGACACGAGGCCUCAGCAUGGAGCAGCAAAAGAGCAGCCGAGACUCCCUUCAGUACUCUAGUGGAUACAGCACUCAGACGACCACACCAUCCUGUUCAGAAGACACUAUCCCCUCACAGGGCUCCGAUUUUGAUGGCUACUCAGUGAAUGGAGACACUGAGGCCGAUGGCCAGGCUGAAUUUGAUAAAUCCUCCACAAUUCCCCGUCACAGCAAUAUCGCCCAGAACUACCGGCGAAUGAUACAGACUAAACGACCUGCCAGCACAGCGGGCUUGCCCAGCGGAGUCGGCGCUAUGGGUGGACCACCUGGUGGAGGCGGUGGGGGUGGUAUGCCUGGCACUGCCACUAUCCGCCGAACACCAUCUACCAAGCCUGGGGUGAGACGCACCCUCUCCAAUGCUGGCCCCAUUCCUAUACGCCCACCCAUUGUGCCAGUUAAGACCCCCACUGUGCCUGACUCGCCCGGCGGAUACACAGGCCUUCCCGCCCGUGUGGGCAGUGAAGAAUGUGUCUUUUAUGUGCCGGAUGAAGCCUCCACAGGCGCGCUGGAAUACGUGAAGGCCUCUCCGAAGCGCUUGAGCCUGCCUAACACAGCUUGGGCCGCAGGGGGUGUGGGUGGUGUAGAGAUGAGCGUUUAUGGCCAAACAGGGGAAGAAGACCAUCUACUGGCCGCCAAUCGCCACAGCCUGGUGGAGAAGAUCGGGGAGCUGGUGGCCAGUGCUCAUGCCUUAGGGGAGGGCCAAUUCCCUUUUCCAACUCUUCCAAAUCAGCCCCCACCAGGCCCUGAGUCCGAGACUGACCCACAAGUGCCCCAGGAGGGUGUGGACAUGCUGGUGUCCAUUCGCCGAGGGGUGCGACUGCGGAAAACCGUCUCCAAUGAUCGUUCCGCACCACGGAUUCUGUAAUGGCUUCUGGAGAGAUGGAAGAAUUAGACCGAAGUAACCCAGAAAAAUACUUCACAUUGACUCUGAGCUAUGAAAAGAAGAUAAAAUAUUUUAUGUUUAAAGUCAUUAGAGAAAAUACAAUGAAUAACAAUAAUGAAAAAGAAAAUGAUAUGUAACAACAGGCUCAGGCCACUAUAACUCGUAGCGUGUCUGAACGCAUGUUUGUCUUAUUAACACGCCCAUCACCACAGGAUGGUUGAACUGUAGUGAGACAAUUAACUACUGAAAGAACAAGGGACCAUGAUGCUGCGGGAUUUUUGUGGUCCUCUCUAAUCUCAAAGGUCCCCCUAAAAUAACAGCCCUCCCCAAACUAUGGACCCCAGGAAUCUGUGCUGGAGAAGCUCCCUCAAAAUCAGGGGUAUGCAGGGGUACAAAUCUUUGCCCUCCACAACGCUCUUUAACCCCGCCCUCACCUCCAGUAAAUUUGACAUCACACCCUGAAAGUAAUAGUGGCAUUGCACGUUGGUCUUUGGCUCAGUCUGCACUGCUGUUAGUUAGGCUGGAGGUGAGCAGGGCUGUGCUGCAGGUCAGCUUGUGGUUGCGUAGAGGGACAGGAUUUAUUUUUGUUUGUACACUUCUGUUGUCUUUUUUGUCUUAUUUACGAGCAGUUAAUCACCCUCCUAUCUCCUAGGAGUAGAACAUGUUUAUGUCAGGUGUAUGAAUUUUUGUAGAACUAAGGUGAAAAACCACCAUGAUAAUGUUGAGCAAUAAUGCUUUUUCCCUUUUUCUUUUUUUGUUUAUUUUUUUGUUUAUUUUUAACAGGGGAAGGUUUUGAAGAUUAGCUUUUAAUAAAGCUGUUCAUUUUCAAUGUUUCAGGUGUCUUCAGAGAAGCAUAUGCUUUUGAAGACUGUAAGACUUCUUGUCAAGUCUAAUUAUGGCUUAUUUAAAGGUGCACUCAGUAAAAUUUGUGUUAAAGAAAUAUUCCGGGUUCAAUACCAGUUGAGCUCAAUCGACAGCACUUGUGGCAUACCACCAAAAAUUAUUUCAACUCACCCCUCCUUUUCUUUAAAAAGCAAAAAUCGAGGUUACAGUGAAGUGCUUACAAUUGAAGUCAAUGGGACAAUUUCUUUUUGGGGGGUUAAAGGCAGAAAUGUGAAGCUUAUAAUUUUAAAAAGGCACUUACAUUAAUUCUUCUGUUAAACUUGUAUAUAAUUUGAUCUGUAAAUUUGUUUAAAUCAUUGUUUUUACAGUCGUUUUAGGAUUUACUGCAAUACGUCAUUAUGUCAACGGAAUUGUAAAAUUGGCUAUAACUUUACACAGAAAAGGUUAGUAAGUGAUUUUAUUAUACUAAAAUCAUGUUAACACACAUAUUGUUUACGUCUUGUGGCUAUACCUUUGAAACAGUGAGUAUUUUAAAGUUUACAGAUUGCCCCAUUCACUUCCAUUCUAAGUACCUCACUGUAACUCGAAUUUUGCUUGUUUUUUUUUUUUUUUUUUUUAAGAAAAGGAGGAGCAAGUCAAAAUACAUUUUUGUGGUGAUAAACAUUUUCCCUUAAAUACUGUCGGUUGAGCUUAACUUGUAUUUAACCCGGAACAUUCCUUUCAUGUUGCGCUGACACCAAAAUUAGUGGUUACUGAUGUCAUUGUAAAAAUGCGCUAUUCGCAGUCAGCCAUGAUUCAUUUAUUCUGUGAAAGCAUCUUGUUACUAGGGAUUAUGAGAUAAAGCAAAUCAUUUAGGCUGGUUGAAUGAUCUCAACACUGUGGCUUGAACACUAAUGAAUGUUCGCCCAGAACCAUAUGUAGGAUAAAGCUGAGAGUUUUCAUCUCAAGUCAGUGUACAUCAAUUUAAAUAAAUAAACAAAAAAUACUGUUACUAUAUAUUUCUGUUCAGUAGUUUUGCAAAAAAAAAAAAAUAAUAAUAAAAAAAUAAAAAUAAAAUAAAAAAUUACUGAGUGCACUUUUUAAAAAAGAGGAGAGCACUUUUAAUGUGUAGUUUAAGGUUUUGACCACUAGUGGUCACUGUGGCCACACUGUGUGUGGUGAAUCCCGUGAGAAGGUGUGAUUGCAUGCCCUUAUGUAUAGGAACACGGAUGUGUACUGUAUAGCAAUGUAGGAAAACAAGAGAGAGACUGGAAGUGAAGCAGAGAUGGAUAUAUGAACAAUGUUUUUGAAAGUGAAUUGAUUGCUAAGUUAUAUUUAAUUUCCAAUUUGAGCUUCUUAAGUAUGAUAUUUUAUAGGGCAGUUUAUUUAUCACCUGUUGCUAGCAAGCCUCAAAACACAGUCCCCCUGAAAUAGCUGUAGGAGGAUGAGCUAAUAUGAAGGCACAAACCUGGCUGCCAUUUUUGAAAAAAAAAAAAAAGAAGGAAGGAACUUUGGAAAUGCAGAGGGAAGUGGGGAUGAAAAAAGGAGGUAGAGAAUAUUGAUCUCGGACAAGAGGAGUCAUCCAGUUGUUUAUGAUAAAAGCAUUCCACUGCCUGUUGACAUAGGAAUACAUAACUAUGAAACAAAAGGUUUCUGGUUCCCAAGGUUCCUAGCAUCUUUAGAUUUACCACAGUACUGUCAACAGAAGGGUGAUUCCCUGACGUGAAGAUAACAAUGCUCUGUGAUGAUACUGGAUGUGGAAGUGACGUAGGAGGUCAAAACAUAGUUUUAGUCAUGUUGUGUCUGUUUGUGAGUGACUUUCUUUUCUUCCAAAACUCACGAUAACCCCGGCAGUCAUUACUAGUGCUGUUCACAACAAACGCAAGACAUUUACUCCUCAUUCUGACUUUUGGUUUGUUUUUGAAUGAUUUAUUUUGCAUAAAUAGAGCACUCUGUUUUAGGAAUGCCUGUGGUAAAAAAACAAAAAUCAAAAGUAAAAAAGUGUCAAAAUGCUCUGGAAAUAGUGCUGUUCUGGAACACUGAAACCACACUGAGAGCAGACUGGAAUGAAAGAAUAAGGUUAAGGUUUAAAUUUAAUUCAGCCAGCCAAUAAAAGGGCGGGUCAUAGCUUUGUAUAUAUUCAUAUACAUGCAUACUGUAAAAGAAGGUGAACAUUAACUGUACAGGUAGCUUCACUACAAACAAAACAUGCCCCACACAGAUAUUGUUUAGCAAUGGUGGUGAUGUAGGAGUGGGCAAGGAAUCAACUGAAAAUUGGCAGCAAUUAAAGGUUUCAAGCUAGAUACAAGAAAAGAAACACCAUAUCUCACAAUGAAACUUACAUUUGAUGGUUAUUGUUUCAUGGCAUACUUAAAGGUAUAGUUCACUGACAAAAUUGAAAGUUCUGUCAUUAUUUUAUGAUUGGCACCACCCUCUUGUUGUUCCAAACACAUAUUACUUUUUCUUUCUUUCUUUCUUUCUUUCUUUCUUUCUUUCUUACUUUCUUCCGUGGAACACAAAAGGAGAAGUUAGGCAGAAUGAGAGCCUCAGUCUCAUUCACUUCAUUGUAUGGAAAAAAAGAUGUUAUUUUGAAUUUGUUGAGCGGAAAAACAUAAACGGUUAUGAAAAGUGUUUUAGGAAGUAACUUAAAAGUAAAGUAAUUAGUAAUAUGAUUACUUUAAAGUAAUCUGAUUAUAAUUUCAAAGAAGUAAUUUGUAAUUUGAAGUGGAUUACUUUUUUUUAGUAAUUUACCCAACACUGACGGUGACAGACUAACAUACUACCUAACAUCUCCUUUUGUGUAAGAAAGAAAGUCCUAUGGGUUUGGAACAACACAAGGGUGAAUAAAUGAUGCCAGAGUUUUCAUUUCUGGGUGAACUGUAAUAAGAGAUCAAAAGAUACAGUUCUCAAAAGCUCAAUGCAGAGAGUGAGGGAAGUACACAGAGUCUUGUAGACAGGAGGGAGAUGGAGGAUGAAAGUAAAAAGAGCAAGAAGAAUGAGAUGAGUAAGAGAGUGAGAGUGAGAAAGACAAGGCCAGUAGAGAAUAAUUUGUGAAAGAAACGAGGUAGAGAAGAGGUGAGGAGGAAAAAAGAAAGAAGGGCCUGAUUGCAGGUAGUUGGCUUACUGUUGUCCCUUUAUUGUAAUGUCAGUCUCAGCGGGUUUCUUCUACAGAGGUCAUGAAGCAGGAUGACAGUUAAAAGCCCCUCAAGAGGAAACCAGGGAAAGGAAAAGAAUAUCACUGAAGUUCAGCCUUCAGGGUCUCAAUAUCUGCGCAUAGAAGUGUUGUGUGAUUAUACACACAUUUCCUCUUUGUUUUGCAGUUGCGUUUAAGAUUACUCGUGUCAUUCGUCGUCUGCUGAACGUCAAUCAUAUGCUCAUUAUAAGUCAGCAGUCAGCAAGACCUCAUAAUUAAGCUGUGGAAAUUUGAUUUUUUGGAUUUUUCCCCAUUGGACUAUUAUCUUACACCUUAAGUUUAUAACGCUCAGGAUUAACAGAUUGUCUCUAGUCCAGAGCAUAGCUCUUUAACACAUGGACAUGGUUAUUUUAGAUAAUGUCAAGGUGGAAAAAGUGGUUUAGAAAUUAUGAGGGCAAUGUUUUGACUAACAUGGUCUCACAACUGCUGGUUCCAGGACGAACAGGUAGCGAGUAACACGUAGGAGAAUUUUUCAAAAUGAAACAAGUGGCUUUAGUUCUGCCUUCAUAUAUGAUUUGUUGGUAAGCCAAACAAAUGCCAAAAAAGAAGUGAAUUGGAUAAUCUUGGUUAUUAAUAUUAAAGGAAUUUUCUGGGAUCAAGACAAGUUGAACUCAGUUAUUUUACUUUUAUAUUUUAUGUUUAACAGUUAUUUGUGGCAUAAUAUUGAUUGCCACAAAAAAAAAAAAAAAAAAAAAAAAAAAAGGGGUUAUAGUAAGGGUACUUACAAUGGAAAUGAAUGGGGCCAGUACAUAAACAUUAAAUAUAUAGCCUACUGUUUCAAAAGUAUAGCCACAAGAUGUAAACAUUAUACAUGUUAACAUGAUUUAAGUGUGAUAAAGUCAAGGGUUCAGAGGCUUUAAAAUGUACCAGAUUGCAGGGUUUACCGGCGUUACAUCGCCAUAACAACAAGGUUGUAAUACUGGAUAUAACUUUACACAGAUAUGGUUUGUAAUUGAUUUUGACACUAAAAUCAUGUUAAUGUGUAUUGUUUAACUAUUCUGCCUAUACUUUUCAAACAGUGUGUAUUUUAAUAUUUAUGGACACGUUUCUUUUUUUUUUUUGUGGUUGUCAACGUUAUGCCACAAAUACUGUCAGUUGAGCUUAACUUGAAAUAAACUCGGAACAUUCCUUUAUGUGUCAAUUGACCAAAUAAUAUUGAGAGUUAGCACACAAUCAUAAGUAUAAUGUCGGCCUUAUGCAACUUUAUGCCUUUUUGACAAUUGUCUAACCCCAAUCGUAUUCCAGAGGCAAAACAAUGCCUCCACUAUAGUCUUUCCUCUGCCAUCCGGUUUAAUUGUAUUUCACAUUUCUUAAGAUGACUCUAGACAAUGCAUGAUCAUUUGGGGUGGGUAACAGAGGAAUAAAAUGCUAAUUUGGACCUUUUCCUCACCCACUCACCCUGAAAGAAACCUGUCUCCCACACUUAGUUCAGCCACGACACCGCAAGUUCCCCCUCACUGUCAUCUCAGUCGUGCUCAUGGAGGAAGGGCUUUGUAAACUGGUGUCAUGGAAACUGAGCUAUGUAUCCUACACUAUCAGCCUUUCUUUCGAAGCGAGUUUCCCGCAGUUCAAACAACCUCACAACAUACCCCAAACAGCAGUCUCUAGAGCUCAACACUUAGCCAGUGUACUUGAUUAUGUUUCUUAAUUUCAUUUUUUUUUGUGUGUGUGUGUAAAAGAUAUAUGUGCAUUUGUUUUUUGUACAACCCCCAUUCUUCCUCAUCUGACUGAGUUGAGUAAUGUUACAGGUGCUAUUGUCUCUGUCCUCCUUCUUUCGCUUCUCUUACUCUCCUGCUUUAAUUUAUUGUGCUGUUUUCUUAAGGCUAAUUUGCCACUCUUGCUGAUAACAUCAGUUCUUUAUUUAUCCUUCUAAUUUUUGUUAAGUUUAGUCACAGCUAAUGUAACAAAACACACUGUGAUGAUUCCAGUAUUAAUAAAAGUCGUACUUAAACUGUG